AUCUUCUGAAGUGAACUUACGAAUUUUAUUUUCAACUUUUUACUUCUUACUUCCUAAGGAGAUCAUAUGACUGAUGCAGUUUACAAAUUUACUGAUUAAACUGAAAUUUUUAAGUUAUAUUAAGUCAAUUUAAGAGCACAGUCUUGAGUCUAGGGAAACAGAGCAAAUUUUAAUCGUGUUAAAGAGACUGAAGCUGCUGCACCAUGUUCCCAAGAAAUGGGAGAAAAUAUGCCCAAUUCUGGGAUGGAAAGUUCUGUGUCUUCCAAAUUUCUUCUAAGUAAUGUCCAAGUACCUUCACCUACUAUGGAUACAACUAGCCUGAAUAGUGCACAGGCAGCAGAAUAUGAAGAUGCUGAAUCAGGUGCGUUUGUCUUCGCUUCAAUGUCCAAGUAUAUAUUAUCAGGUGCGUUUGUCUUUCCUCUCUUCUGAGAAUUUAUUUUACUUUUUUUUUUCAUGAUUUUUAUCUUGGAUUUGGAGUUUUAGUUGUAAAUUUUCUAUGUACUUUGAAUAAAAUGUGUAGCUAUUCUAUUAACUGAAUCAGGUGCGUUUGUCUUUCCUCUCUUCUGACAACUUAUUUUACUUCUUUUUUUUUUCAUCAUUUUUAUCUUGGAUCUGGAGUUUUAGUUGUAAAUUUUCUAUGUACUUUGAAUGAAAUGUGUAGUU